CAGUCACAAAGCUCGCCAUGGAGUCGGCGGACACGCUCUUGGAGGAGCAGAAGCUCAUGGCCGAGGCAAAGUAUCGCCAAUAUAUGACCAACAUUGACAAAGCGCUGCGCAAUUUCGAAUACUCCAGCGAGUGGGCGGACCUAAUAGCUGCACUGGGCAAACUGAGCAAGGCAAUAUCAAGUAAUACGCAGUACCAGGUCAUACCCAGACGCCUGAAGAUAGCCAAACGUCUGGCACAGUGCAUGCACCCCGCCCUGCCCUCGGGCGUACAUCUGAAGGCGCUGGAAACAUACUCGGUGAUAUUCAGCAAGACGGGACCCGAACGUCUGGCCACAGAGUUUAUAUAUGGGGCCGGACUCUUUCCACUGCUCGGCUAUGCGGCCAUGAAUGUGCGCCCGGCGCUGUUAACAAUCUAUGAGACAUACUUUGUGCCGUUGGGCGAUAAGCUGCGUCCGGCGCUGAGCGGUUUCCUCAGUGGUGUGCUGCCUGGUUAUGAUUGUGGUCUGGAUCAUUUUGAGCGCAUAAGUGCGCUGCUAAAGAAUGUGUGCCUCGCAGUCAAUCCCAUGCACUUUUACACAGUGCUGUGGGAAUCGGUGGCUAAUAAUGCGGCUAUACGAUUGCCGGCAAUUACCUUCCUGCUGGAGCACUUUAACAAGCGCCUGGACAUGCAAAAACAGAUAUACAUAAUGGGUCACAAUCGGGAGAUCAUGAUGUCGGCGCUGUGCGCCUGCCUCAACGAUUCUGUGAUAUUGGUGCAGCGCAAUACGCUGGAGUUCCUGCUGCUGGGCUUUCCCAUGCACACCAAGCUGCUGGACGAGGAUCAGCUGGUGUUAUUGGUCACGAAUGGCUUGAAUACAAUACUGCGGCGCGAUAUGUCGCUAAAUAGACGACUCUUCUCCUGGCUGCUGGCCAGUGAGGUAACCAAAAAUUCGCCCACCUAUGACACGCUUUCGCUAGACUCUGCGCCAGUGGACGGACAAAAAGAGGAGCCCUAUUUUAUUACACAUUCCCGGCAUAUACUUAUUAGCGCACUGGUCAGCACGCUACGUUUGAGCUUGGAGUGCCAGCCCAUGGAUCUGAAGCCGUAUCGCAUUAUGCUCUCACUAUUGGACAAGGCGGAGAUCGGUAGCGCCGUGCUAGACUUCGUUCUGCAUGACAUAAUACGCGCCAUGUACAUCUCUAGCAGCAACGCGGACGCGCUCAAGUCGGCCAAUCUGCUCUUUGCCACCUUCGAUCCGGCCUACAUCUGGAGCUACAUGACCAACAUGUUUGAGCGCGCCUGCCAGCAGGCGCCCAGCUCUGUCCAGUCCAAUAGCGAUGGCAAAUUCGCCAGCAUCGUUGGCUCCGGUGAUCCGUGUGUGCUGGAAAUAUGCGUGCUCACCGAAUUCCUACUGGAGACCAUUUCACUUGAAAUGUACACGGAAACCACUCGAGUCUACUUACCCAAAGUGUUUCUAGCCAUUACCCAGCUGCUCUCCCUGCACAUGGAUUGCUUAAGCAGUGAUGAGAUCACCGCCGCCCUGAAGCUAUGCAUGAAGAUUGUGUCCCGCGUGCAGCCUAUGAUUACAAGCCCAAUUAAACUGAAUAAGCUUAUGGAGCAGAGCAACUCCGGCUCAGAUGAGAAGUACGUGAAUGCCACCGGCAGCAGCAACAGCAACAACACUUUGGAGUCUACCACACAAGCCAAUGCGCUGGAGAAAAGUAAAUCAGAUUCCCGAUUGAAUCAAUUUGGUGAGCAUUCUCAGUGUGCGGAGCCCGAGGACGAAGAGCUUAUCCGACGCUCUGCCUCCAAUCAGAGCGUGGUGCGGCACAGUCCCAAAAAGAAGGCGAAAUCCUUUUCACGACUCUCCGAGCUAGACAAGGAUAUAAGCGCCUCGGACACAGGUCAGCAGUCCUCCUCAGAUUUGGACACGCCGCGCAGCAUUAAGAAGAUCAAGGCCAAGGCCAAGAUGCCUUUUACACGCAGCAGCCCAAAGAAAUCGCGACCUAAGGAUAUUGUAAUUGCACCUAGUAAUCCGACGCCCAUUGAUGUCGCCGACGAUGCGGGCGAGGAGCCGCCCAAGAGUGCUCCCCCGGAACAUUGUGCAGAGUUUCAGCUAGACGAUGAGCAGACCAAAGCUACACAAAAGCGCGGCUUUUCCAUUCUGGAGAAAUGCAUCCGACAAUACGAGAUCUUCUUUGAGGUUUAUUUGGCGCGCCAAUUGCUGCAAAUCGACACGAGCUCCGACAGCUCCGACUUAGGCUCGAGCAGCAAUAAAUGCGCAAUCAAGGUACAACUACAGCGCAGCUCCAGUCAUAGCUCUAGCCUGUUUAUGGUGGAGCAGGUGCUGGAGCAUCAGUGCGCGGCCCGUGAGUCACAAAUCGAGCGAUUGUUUGGCCUGCUGCGCGUGGAUCUGGUGCCGCGCUCCAAGCAGCUGCAGCGUUUACUUAAUCUAUCACUGCCCACUGUCAGCGCCAGCGAACUGAGCAGCGAUAGUGAUGCCACCGAGGAGCCGCAGCAAAAGUUAUUAGUCGACGGGCAGACACAGCGCAGUGUGCAACAGCUGUCCGAGCUGCAAUUGAGCACGGCUUUGCGCUCUGCCGUCAAAUUGGCCGCCACGCUGUUGGUGGAGAUGUCAACGUUUCCCAAUUGCAAUAAGCACAUUGUGCUGGACAAGAAUGAGCCGGAGCUGCCCAAUUGGCUAAAGGUGCUGUGCCUGGUGGCCUGCUUUGCGCAGAGUGAUAAGGAGCUGCAGGUGGCUGCAAUUACCACGCUCUUUGAUCUUAUCAGCCUGUUGCGCUCACAGAUCGAGCACACGACGAGUCCAGGCGUCACAUUUGUGGUUAUGCUGCCACUUCUCAAAUUUGGGCACGUCAAUUACAUGGAGCAGCGUACACGCGUAUUUCAGCUGGUCACCUCCAUAUUGUGGGACUAUCUGGGCACGCCGGGCAUUGAUCCCUCACAAAUAUCAGCGCUGCUGCAUCAGCUGCAUAGCUGCCUGGAGUCAGGACUAGUCGAAUCCGUCAUAGGUAAUCGGAUGCAUGCCCAGCAUUUGCUUCAGGCACAAGCCCAAACUGGACUCGGUGCCGGCAACGCAUUGCGUAGCUACCAGCUGGAGCGUGUGGCAGAUGCUCAGCUGCUGUGUCCCACGGCCAGUAUGGAGCGUCUGCGCGAGAGUCAGGCGCGCAGCUACAAAAAGUUCGAGCUGCUCUGGCAUCUGGGCAGAGAAAAGCAGAUGACGCGUGGUUUCGAGAAGACGCUGCUCAAGGUGCUCGAUACGCUCGCGUUGCCGCACUACAUGUCCGAGCGCACAUUCGUGACCAAUUGGCUGCAGGCUUCGCUCCUGCGCGGCGAUUUGGCGCGUCUAACAAAGCCGCUGUACAAGAUUCUGCUCUCCGCCAGCUCUAAGCGCGUGGGCAUUGUUCACAUGCAGCAGCUGUAUCGCGAGUCAGCGGAAACGGAACAGGCCUGCGAUGAGGAUCAUCAGGCGCCGGCCUUUGAGCGUGAUGUCUAUGCCAUAAGCUCGGAGCAGGGCAACGUUAAGUAUCAUCACAUGGAAGCGGCUAGCAGCACCGCCGGCGGCGUUGGCACAAGCGGCAAGAAGAAGAGCCCCAUCAGGCAUUUGCCGAAGAAGAUCUUUGGGGUAACGCUCAGCGGUAAAACCAAUAAAACAUCCAAUUUCGUGAGCGACAAAACACCGCUGGCAAGCGAGGCAUUACAGGAUAUCAAUACCAUUGGUCUGAUCAUAAAUCCUCUAGAGAAUGCGCAUGAUUUCGAUGAUGAAACCGAUCUGGAGGAGCCACGCAUUGAGCUGGUGCACAACGCUGGCAAAGAUGCGCCGCAAACGCCGCUCGAGCAGAAGUUGGCCAGCGCCAUGGAUGAGAGUGAGCCAGCGCAGUUGCAGACUGCACCCGAGCCGGAGCCAUCGCUGCACUUCGACCAGGACAUCACCGAUCAUUCGGAAAGCAGCGAUUUUGAGUCGGACUCGGAGUUGCGCGAGACCAGCAUUGAAAAGGAGGACAGUCUUACGAUCAGUUCCAGCGGAGCGGGCGGCGGCGGCGACGAUGUCAAGCGUUUUGUGGGCGACUGCGAGCGCGUCACCGAGGCGCUAACCCAGCACGAGCGCAUAAAGAGCCGCAAAAUGUAUCGUUUGACGCGGGAGAAGACGCCGGGUGGAUCCAGCCUGAAUGAGCCCGAGGAGCAGACGCCGGCGCCGGACAACGAGCACGCGCUGCCAGCGGAUGAGUAUUUCAGCGAAGCGGCCGUGGGCAAAAAGCUGGCCAAGGAGCUGCGCAAACGCAAAAAGCUGCUGACCAGCAGCGAGAAGAAGCGGCUCAGCUGCAUCUCCAAGACCUCGACGGACAGCAAUCACAGCAAUCUGGCCGAGCAGCUGGACACAGAGGCGGCGGCCACGCACAGCGAGGAGGAGGCUGAGCUGGGCAAUGAAGCGAACACACAAAACACCAUAAAUGUGGAGGACAAGCGACGCAGUCUGUCGCUGGAGACCAGCAAGCUGCAGCCGGACUGGCAAAAGACGCUCGAGAAAAGCAAACAAAAUGUGGAAAUUUUGCGACAGAAUGCGGCGGCGGCAGCGGCUGCAGAGGAGCAGCUCAGCAUACGCUCCUCCACAAAGAGCAACAGCUCCUUGGGCAUAGGCACCUCGCGACAAACGGAUGCAGCUAAUCUCUAUCACAACCACUUGCUGCUCUAUCUGGCCAUCUAUGACACACGACAGACGCUCUACGCGCUGCAAACGCUGCGCAACAUCAUCUGCUGCGACAAGCGCACGUUCCUGUGCCUGUCCAUAACCACAUCCUUCAGCAGCGGCAGUCUGAAGCAGCUGCUCAUCCGACAUCGCAAGAGCAUCUCGGGCAAGGGCUUCGCCGGCAGCGUCAGUAACUCGGAGUACGCCCAGGGCUAUCGAGGCUGCAUGCAGCUGGAGCUGUUGGUCACGUUGUUGUUGUUCUAUGCGCGCGGCUACUUUCAGCGCGAGUCGCUGGAUGCACAACGUCAGCCGCCAACGCUGCAGGAUGUGGUCAACAAUCGUCGAAUUCAGCUGGAGAGCAUUGAACUGCUGGCGCUCAUCUGCACGGAGCUUAUCGAUAUAGUCAAGGGCAUGGGUCGUGGCCUGGCCUGUUAUAUAGCUGAUCUGCUGGCGCGCGCCAAGCUGCAAAAGGUCAUGCUGCACUGCCUCAACAGCUCCGUGUGCAGCUAUGCGCGCAGAACCGGCGGCAGCAGCAGCUAUGCGGAUCAGGUGCUCAGUUUUAAUGAUCCACAGGAUGAUCAACUGCAUGCGGAUUGCUUUCAGCUGCAGCUGCUGCGUCUGCUGUUGGCUGUCAUUAGGCUGGAGCAUGAGGUGCACCAGCUGCGUCAGGAUACGCCCAGCGCAGGCGCUGCCGAUGAUAGCAAUGCCUCGGGCAAUGCCUCGCCCACACGGCUGGCCGAGGGCGCCGCCGCCAAUGUCAAAUAUUUGCCCAACUGUCUGAUCAGUCAGCAGCCCAUGUUCCUGGCCGCCGUGCUGGGCGCACUGCAGCAGGAGCGGCUGCGCCAUUUGCAUCGCAACUGGACGGAUCUGGUGACCAGUUCGCUCAACUGCUUCAGCUUUGGCUCGCUCACGAACAUUGUCAUCAGCGUGGUGCAUCAGCUCUGCAAUAAUCUGGAUCGUCUGGCGCGACUCUCGCUGCCCCAGCAGCGCCACUUUCCGCCCGACUAUGUGCUCUCCCAGCUGGAGGCACUCACCAUACUCUGUCACUAUUGCCUGCUGGACAAUACGCAGCAGACGGCUCUCUCACAUCUGUUCAACCAGGCCUAUCCGCAGACGAGCGUUGCGGCGCAAAGCUCCAGCACGGGCCAAUUGCUCAAUAGUAUUGUGCACUCGUUUCUCUCGGCGAGUGAAUCCAGUUCCACGGCCACAGCGCCGCGCAAUCCUCAGCUGCAGGCGGCACGCAACGCGGUCCUCUCACAUUUGCCGCGCAUCAUGACCAGUGUGGCGGCCAUUUGGGACAGUGAACUGGGUCAGCUGCGUCCGGUGCGUCAGCAGUUGCUGGAGUUUCUAUCGCCCGUUUCUCUGCAUCAUGGAUGCAAUUUCCUGACUGCCAUUGCUGUCACCUGGCAGCAGCGUGGCUGCAACAACUCUAACAACAACAGUUCCAGCUCGUCCAGCAUUUCGGAGCAGUUCCAGCGCAACUCCACGCUGCAAGCGUGCGCGGCACAGCUGAGCCUUGUCUCGCUGGUUUCCAGCAUACGCGUCAUGCCCAUGGAUUCAUUUGUGCAGACCCUGCAUCAGGUGGUCAAGUCGCCGCCGCCCAUCCACCGGCCGCCCGCUCACCUGAGCAUUGAGGUUAGCGCCUUGGAGCUUUUCUACUUCUAUAUGAGAUCUGCGCCCGCGCCACAGCUGGCCGAUGCUUGGGCCUCGCUGCUGGUGCUCAUCCGCGAUGGACUCAAUCUGACGCCGCCUGCGCAAUUCGCGCUGUUGAUGCUGCUCAAUGAGUUUGUGCAGCGCUGUCCCCAGAUGCCCUUCCCCGACAAGAAGGAGGUGCGCGAGCUGCACGAUGUCACGGCGCGUCUGGUGGAAUCGCUGUCCAGCGUCGCGGGCGCCUGCCUGGAACAGACCACCUGGCUGCGACGCAAUCUGGCCGUCAAGGAGGACACCGAUGGCCAUGCCAAGGACAACAGCCUGGGCGGCGGCAUACAACAAUAUUCGCUGCAGGCGCAGAGCGUGCUUGCAGGCAUACUCUCGAAUCUGCUGGACGUAGCCUAUGGCUCGCAGGAGAAGGACAAGGUGGUGACCAUUGUGACGACGCUGCUUUACAAUAUAACGCCGUAUCUGAAGAAUCACACGGCACGCAAUGUGCCCUUCUUUUACGCCUGCUCCGCCCUGCUGGCCAGCCUCAGUGGCUAUCAGUAUACGCGAAAGGCGUGGCGCAAGGAUAUGCUCGACCUGCUGCUGGACAACGCUUUCUUUCAAAUGCACAUCUCAUGCUUGCCCUUCUGGCGCCAGAUCAUGGACAGCCUAAUGACCUACGACAAUACCACAUUCCGGGAGCUCAUGACGCGCGUCAGCCUAUCCCAGGCGGGCAGCCUCAACAUUUUCGCCUCCCGCGAUCAGGAGUACGAGCUACGCGCCAUGCUGCUCAAGCGUCUCGCUUUUGUUAUCUACUGCAGCGAAUUUGAUCAGCACAACAAGUAUAUGCCGGAUAUUCAGGAGCAAUUGGCCAACAGUUUGCGUCUAGUCCCGCUGGGUCCCUCUGUGCAGGCUGCUGUGUUUCUGUGCUUCCGUGUGCUGCUGCUGCGCAUGUCACCCGAUCAUGUGACUUCGCUGUGGCCCAUCAUCAUAGCUGAAAUGGUGCAGGUUUUCCUGCAAAUGGAACAGGAACUCAAGUCGGAGAGCGAUGAGCGCAGCCAACAAACACGCCUGCUGCCGGGCAUUGAUGUCUCCUGGUCGUCUUCCAAUUCGAGUGCCAGCAAUGGCAUCAAUCCCCAGACGCCCAUGCAACACUGGCGUUCGGUGCAGCUGGAGGCGUGCAAGCUGCUGGAACUGGGCUGUGUGCUGCCGGCCACGAAGCUGCCGCAUUUCCAAAUGUAUCGUUGGGCUUUUGUGGGCACCGAGUUCGAUGUGCACGAGGAGGUGGUGCCGCUGCCGCUGCCCAAUGGCAGCAUUGAGAAUCUGGCCGCAUUGCCCAAUGCACUGUAUGUGCCGCAUGUGCGGCGCGUGGCACGUCUCAUGGACAUGAAAUAUACUAAUCAGUCGCCGCUCUUGCAGCGUGCGCGCAAUCGUCACCUGAUGUUGGGCUUCCAGCAGCUGCAGUCGUUGCAGGAGCUAUAUCCAUUCUUCUCCACGCUGGGCAUUAGCUGCCCCAAUCCGUGCAACUAUGCCGAUACGGAGCAGAAUGUGGCCAGUUGCCUACAGGAGAUUGAAGAUGUCUUGGCCCAAGAUUUUCUUGAGAAAUUGCCGAGCAUCACAACGCCCAGAUGAAAACUGGUCGCGGCCUACAGGCAGACGACGCAGGCGCACAUCCAGACAAGAAGCCUGACACAGUUCGAGCUGGAGCUGAAUCUGGGCGGCAACGGUCAAACGGCGCGCAUCUUUGCGGCGGUUCAAGCGAAACUGAGCAGCCAGAACGCGGAGACGAGCUUCAUGCAGACAACCAAGAAGACCAACUUUCCAUUUUAUGUUUAGAGAGUGAGCCGAGCGAUACGAUAGCUAGUUAGAUAGUGCAGUAUAGUAUAUAUAUAUAUAUAGCCGACUAUGUGUAUUAAUGAAUAUUAUGUUUUAACUGUUGAGUAAGUCCUAUGAAAUGUUUAGCUUAGUAGCAACCUGUAUGUAUGUAUGUGUAUAUUUCAACUGUUGAUAGCUGCGCCGAAGUAAACGACAAAUUGCAAUUCAA